UUUUGGUCAAAUGUAUUUUGAGUAUUUUCUCAAUUACCUGCUAUACAACUUUUCAGAGAAAAGGUUCAUCAUCAGCUGCUCGUUUUCUUCUUUCCAUAUAAACCCUAAACCCUUUGGGUUCUACUAUGGAUUCUCGUCGACCCUCUCGGGUAAUAGAUCCAAAGGUUCGUCGGGUGGGUUUUUUCGCACCCGACCCGGAUAAUAACUAUCCCUCAUCUCCAUCUUCUUCAUCUCCAGCAAUGAUCUCACAGGCAGUCCCUGUUCCCAAUUCUACGACGUCGUCAUUGCGGCCUCCUCGACGGUCCGAGAGUGAGGAGCAAUUGGUGGUGGGAAGUUAUAAUCCUGUGCAGUCAAUGCUCGGAGCUUCUCCCGCGUCCAGUGGAAUUGGUGUAGACGGCGAGUUUUCUGAGGAUUCUACUAACUGGGUUCGUCAAACUGAUGGGUUCGGUAUAUUGACGGAGUCGAAAGAUGAUCAGAGUACCUCUAACAUUGAACGGGUCAAUGUACAAGUUACUGAAACACCAGAUGAAGUAGAAAGAAAUGCAAAGCCACUGAAAGGGAACACCACCAAAGCUGAAAGGCGUGCGCUGCAGGAGGCUCAACGAGCUGCAAAGGCUGCUGGAAAAGCUGGGGAAACAUCUGCGAUAAAGUUACAUGGACAGUCUGGUAAACCUGCUAAGCAGCCUUUGCAAAAGAAAGAUGGUGGACCAAUGAUGUCUUCUGUAGCUACUUCUGAGACCAAAGGAGGUGACCGACCACCAGAGAAGGAUCGCAAGAAAGAUGUACCUGCUCCUAGGAUGCAAUUUGAUGAUAAGAAUCGUGUUGAAAAAGCUAAGAAGCGUGCACUAGUUAAAAAGACUGAAGCUAGAAAUAGAGUAGAACUGUUUCGGCAUUUACCUCAGUAUGAACAAGGAACUCAGCUACCUGAUCUUGAAUCAAGGUUUUUCCACCUUGACACCAUGCAUCCCGCAGUUUACAAGGUCGGAUUGCAGUAUUUGGCUGGAGAUAUAGUUGGGGCCAAUGCUCGCUGUGUUGCAAUGCUACAAUCAUUUCAACAAGCCAUCAAAGAUUACUCUACACCUCGUGAAAAAGCUUUAGGUAGAGAUCUGACAGCAAGAAUCAGUGGCUACGUUUCAUUUUUUAACGAGUGUAGGCCUCUUUCUAUUAGCAUGGGGAAUGCAAUUCGUUUUCUGAAAGCUCGUAUAACCAAGUUAUCUUUAACUCUUUCUGAGUCAGAAGCAAAAGCCUCUCUUUAUUCAGAUAUUGAACGCUUCAUGAAUGAGAAGAUAGUAUUAGCUGACAGAGUAAUAACAAGACAGGCAGUUACGAAGAUCAGAGAUGGUGACGUUCUUCUCACGUAUGGUUCUUCCUCUGUUGUUGAGAUGACUCUGCUACAUGCGUACGAGCUUGGGAAACAAUUCCGUGUAAUAGUGGUAGAUUCUCGCCCUAAAUUUGAAGGCCGGGAAUUACUUCGGAGGCUGGUGAAGAAGGGCCUAUGUUGUACAUACACUCAUAUAAAUGCUGUUUCGUACAUUAUGCAUGAAGUCACUAGAGUGUUCAUGGGUGCUGCAUCUGUAUUAUCUAAUGGGACUGUAUACUCUAGAAUUGGGACUGCCAGUGUUGCUAUGGUUGCUCAUGCAUUCCGUGUUCCUCUAUUGAUUUGUUGUGAAGCUUAUAAGUUCCAUGAGAGAGUACAACUCGACUCUGUUUGUUCCAAUGAGCUGGGUGAGCAAGAUGUGAUUUCCAAGGUUCCUGGUAGAUUGGAUGUUAAUUAUUUGGAUAACUGGACAAGUGAUGAUAAUAUUCAGCUUCUGAAUUUGAUGUAUGAUGCUACUCCGUCAGACUAUAUCUCAAUGAUCAUCACAGAUUAUGGCAUGAUACCAACCACAAGUGUGCCUGUGAUUGUGCGCGAGUAUGGGAGAGAGCACCUACUGAUAUAAUUUGUCCAGCUAAUGUUGCAUUUGGAUGUGACAAAGAAGGAACAACCAACUUAUUGACAAUUUUUGCUGUUAGAUAACAGCACCUUAUACGAAAUGAGUGCAUGCAUUAAAAAUUACCAUAUAAAACAAAAAUAAUGCAUGCAUUAAAUUUUUCAUCUUGGAGAUUAUAGAAAUUUGCACAGGUCUCAGUAAGUUCUCUGAUAAAAAUAAUUAGGUCAUAGUUGUCAGGUGACUCAUUGUUAAAGGGUUGCCUUGUAUAACAAAUUUUUUGAGAUUGUUGUUCAACUGUUUGUGCAGUUAGCUUCCCAAGCCAAUUGACAGCCAGAAAAGCAUUUGCUAGAAUAAAGACAUCUAUGUUUGAUUAA